AUCCCCGUGGACCUCCCGGCGGACGAUCUGCUGGACCAGAUCGAGGCCGAGGCCGCGCGGCGCGAGGAGGAGAAGCUGGAGCAGCUCCGCGCCAGGCAGGCGGAGGAGGAGGCCGCGAGGCAGGCCGCGGAGAAGGAGCGCGAGGAGUUCGAGUCCGCCAUCGAGCCAGGGAGGCCCGACGAGGCAGAGGUCGACCCGGCUUCCACGCAGGCCGCGGCCCACGGGGCCGAGUCCGGCGGCCUCCGCGGCCCCACGGAGGCAGCGGUCGACCCGGCUUCCACGCAGGAGCCCGCCGCCGCCAACGACACCGCCGCUGCAGAGCCAGAGGCUCCGCCGGCGCCUCCCUCGGAGCUGGGGCCCGCCAACGCCACCGUCGAGGAGGGCUGGGAGGAGAAGGAGCUGCUGCCUGGCCCCGCGCCGAACGCGUCGGAGGAGGCCCAGAAAGUGCCCAGCGUGGAGCAGGAGCCCGCGGGGGCGGCGAGCGUCCCCGAGGAGGCCGGGGGCCCGCCCAGCUCCACGGCGGCGGCGGCGGCCGAGGAGUCGAGUGCAGUCGCGGACGCGCAGGCCCCGGCGCCAGAGAGGGCGGCCUGCAAGUUCUACUGCGUCUUCCACAUGUCCGCCUGGGAGGCCAAGUGCGCCUGGUCCGACUGCAGCGGGUGCCAGCGGUGCCAGGCCGAGGCCGCGGUGGCCACCCAGGCCAGCGAGGAGCAGCCGGACGGCUCCUCGGAGGACGGCGAGGCCUGCGAGGACACCCGCGAGGGCGAGCCCUGCCACCGCGCCAUCCAGUGGGCCAUGCAGACAGGCGUGAGGGAGCACUCCGAGUGGUACAGGGACGUGGCAGCGCCCCAGGGCCUCGAGGACUUCCAGGAGUUCUUCUGGCGGAAGGGGAAGCACGCCUGCCGCAGGCCCUGCCGGGAGGGCCGGGAGGGCGGCGCCGCCAGGGAGAACGCCAGCGCGGAGGCCCCCGCCGCGGCCGAGGUGCCGCGGGCGGCCCCGGAGAGCAGCGCCGCCGAGGGGGCGAACGCCUCCGAGGAGCAGCGGCCUCCCGAGGCGCAGGAGGCCGCCGCCGAGGGGGGCAGCGCCUCGGAGGAGCAGCGGCCGCCAGCGGCGCAGGAGCCGGCCGAGCCGGCCGAGCCGGCGGCGGGAGAGGCCACCGAGGAGCAGGCGCCGUCGGGGGAGCAGGCGCCCGCCGGGGCAGGGGCGGAGGAGGCCUCCGAGGAGCAGAGGCCCGCCGGGGCAGAGGCGGAGGCGUCUGCGGAGGUGGGGAGGCCCCCGGAGGGCCAGGAGUCUGCCAACGCAACGGCGGAAGAGGCCGGCGAGGAGAAGGCUGCCUCCGAGGAUCGGGGGUCUGCCGACGCAGCGGUGGAGAAGCCCGCCGAGGAGCAGGCGGCUCCCGAGGAGCAGAAGCCUGCGCAGCAGGUGGCAGAGGAGCAGGUGGCCGUGCCAGACUCCAAGACCGACGAGCCGAAGGCGUGCAAGAUGUGGUGCAUGUUCCGCCUGCAGACGUGGGAAAAGAAGUGCGAGAUGAGCUCGUGCUCGACCUGCGCCAAGUGCCAGGAGUUCAGGCAGGCCGCGGAGCAGAAAGCUGCUGGGGCUGCCAACGAGACCGCCAGCGGGACUGCCAAGGAGUCUCAGGAGCAGGCGGACAACGAGACUGCCGAUGAGCAGCAGCAGCAGCAGCAGCAGCAGCAGCAGCAGCCGGGCUCGGCCCCGUCGGCGGACGCUUGGUCCCCUGAGAAAGAGGAGAGGCAAAAGAAGCUGGACGACCUGGUGAACUACGACGGCACCACUACCCAGGCUCACAGGAGGAGCCAGACAGGGAGGGUCCGCCUGAGCCAGCCGGGGAUGCCACGGAGGCGCAGCCGCCGGAGAGCCCGUCGAGGCCGGACGCGGGGAGCGCGCCGCGCGGUGCAGACCUGGCCGGCGACGCCGCCGACUUCGAGAAGGAGCUGGCGCCCGAGGACCUCGCAGCCCAGAGCCCCCCUCCCCCGGGGGGCCGGCGGAUACUGGGACGAGUAUUGCGGCAGCACGGACACAAGGAUCAUGUUCGUUCCUCGGCUCGACGGAGCUCGAUCUCCUGAGAGGGAGCCGGACUUGGAGGAGGUACUGAAGCCGUCUGAGGCUGAGGCUUCCGAGACAGCGCAGCCUCUGGAAGAGCAGGCGAAGGCCAACGAUGCCCAGGAGGAUGGCAACACCUCGGCAGAGGAGCACAUGCCGGCGGAGGAGCAGAAGCCGGCCGAGGAACAGAAACCAUCAGAGACCUCCGCGGAUAAGGAAACCAUCCCAGGCCUCCCAGAGGUUGAAGACCCAAACGAGGAGGGGAAGCAGGACUCCGCAGGGGAGCAAAAGCCAGCCGCGGAGCAGAUGCAGGCAGGGAUCUCCGAGGAGGAGGAGGGCCUGCCAGGCCUCCCAGAGGUCGAGGACCUGGACGAGGAGGGCGUGCAGGACUCCGCAGAGGGGCACGGGCCCGCGGAGGCGCAGGAGUCUGCCGUGGAGCAGAAGCAGGCCGAAGUCUCCCAGGAGGAGGAGGGCCUGCCAGGCCUCCCAGAGGUCGAAGACCUGGACGAGGAGGACGAGAAGCAUGUACCCACUGAGGGGCCAGCCCCAGCCACGGAGCAGAAGCCGGCCGAGGACGCCCACGAGGAGGAGGAGGCGGAGGACGAGUUGAAGAAGUUGGUCGCGGAGCAGAAGCCGACCGAGGAGCAGAAGCCAGCCGAGGCCGCUCAGGAGGAGGAGAAGGAGGAGCAGAAGCCGGCCGAGGAGGCCUCCGAGGUGAAGGCUUUGGAGGCGUUCGGCGGCACCACCGCUUCGACGACCGCCCAGUUCGACGUGGCGAACGCGGACGGCUGGGGCGCCACCGUCCCCUCGACCACCACGCUGUUCGAGCUGGCACCCGCGGGCCAGGACGCCGCGACGCCGGCCCCCGAGCCGGCCGCGGCCGAGCAGGAGCCCGCGGCCCAGGCUCGCCAUGAGCCGGCGGCGCAGCAAGCGGAGGCGUCGGCGCCGGCCGUGGGCGAGGGGCGCGCUGGGAAGAGGAAGCUGUCGUGGGAUGAGAAGGCGGCCAUGGUCAUCGACGGGCUCCCGAAGGAUCCAGGGUGCUACAUGCGUCUGCCCUCUGGCUGUCCGAACCACGUCCGGAAGUCGCACUUGUGGCGGCACGACAUCUCGGCGGAGCGGAAGGAGGUGGACGAGAUCAAGUGCCAGGCGCGCAAGUACUACUGGGACGAGUACUGUGGCGUCACGGACUCGAGGGUGGCCGAAAACUUCCAGCGGGACAACGGGACGACCAGCGACAAGUUCGACCCAGAACAUGACGAUUGGACGGGCUGGCUCAUCAACAGGUCGUACGAGUUCGUCGCGAUGCUCCUGCUGGUCGCCGCCCUCGCCUUCCCCGUCGUUUCCAUGUUCACGCCGUUCAUAUCCAUUGUGCCGGAGGACUGGGAGUGA